UCCUCACUAACCAAGCAGCCAACAUGGCACGGUGGUUGCUGAACUCCUGUGUCCUCCUGCUCCUGGCAGUGGGCAGCCUGCAGGCGCGCCUGAUCCCUUCGUUGUCCUUGGACGACGGUCAGCUGGAGACCAAGGGAGCCGCCCUCUUCGCCACUCCCCGCGUGGAUGACAAUAGUGCUGGCAACUAUCGACUGCCGAACACCACCGAACCCGAAACCUAUAAUGUGGAACUCUGGACAAAUGUCCACACCGGAGACACCCAAUGGAAUGGAACCGUCGAUAUCAAUCUGCGGGUCCUGGAGCAGACCCCGAAUAUAACGUUGCACUACCGCCAGACGUCGAAUUUCGAGGCCUCGAUUAUCAGUCGGGAUGUGGCCACGCCCACCGCCAUUCCACUUACCGUGACCCCCGAACUGCAGCGGGAAUUCCUUGUCUUCACAGCGACCAACGGUGAGAUCUUCGCAGCCGACACCAACUGGACCCUAAGCAUCAAGUACAACGGCACCCACCGAUCUGACAUGGGCGGAUUCUAUAUCUCCAGCUAUACGGAUGAUGAUGGCCAGCAGCACUUCCUGGCCACCACGCAGUUUGAGAGCACCAAUGCCCGUCACGCCUUCCCCUGUUAUGAUGAGCCCGCCCGAAGGGCCAACUUUACCAUCACCAUCCACCACGAUGCUUCCUACACUGCCAUCAGCAACAUGCCAGUGAAUGAGACUACCAGCAGUUCUGGAGUCACCGUCUUCCAGACGACGCCUAAGAUGUCCACCUACCUGGUGGCCUUCAUCGUGUCCGAUUUUGAGUCCACCACCGGCGAACUGAAUGGCCUGCGCCAGCGUGUGUUCUCCCGCAAGGGAAAGCAGGAUCAGCAGGAGUGGGCCCUUUGGUCUGGAUUGGUGGUGGAGUCCAGUCUGGCCGGCUACUUUGGCGUUCCCUUCGCCCUGCCCAAGUUGGACCAGGCCGGCAUUCCGGACUUCUCGGCCGGAGCCAUGGAGAACUGGGGACUGGCCACCUACCGCGAGCAGUACAUGUGGUGGAACAAGGAGAACUCGACGAUCAACCUGAAGACGAACAUUGCCAACAUCAUUGGACACGAGUACGCGCACAUGUGGUUCGGCGAUCUGGUGUCCGUGAAAUGGUGGACCUAUCUGUGGCUGAAGGAGGGCUUCGCCACCCUCUUCUCGUACGAAUCGAACGACAUUGCCUUCCCCGAGUGGGACACCUAUCAGAUCUACCAUGUGAACGACUACAACAGCGCCCUGCUGAACGAUGCCCUGGCCUCCGCCGUUCCCAUGACGCACUACGUCCAGACUCCCAACGAGAUCUCCAACCGAUACAACACCUUCUCGUACGCCAAGCCCGCCAGCGUUCUUUACAUGUUCAAGAACGCCUGGUCGGACAAGGUCUUCCGCACGGGAUUGAACAAGUACCUGACCAAGAAUAAGUACACCUCCUGCGACGAGUGGGACCUGUUUGCCUCCUUCCAGGAGUCGGCCAAUGAGUUGGGCCUUGUGCUGCCCACCUCGGUGGACAACAUCUUCAGCAGCUGGUCCCACCAGGCCGGCUAUCCCCUGCUCACCGUGACCCGUAACUACGAGACUGGCACCUUCACGAUCACCCAGAAACGCUAUGUGGCGGACAAGGAUGAUGCGAAUGUGGCCACCUGGUAUGUGCCCGUCAACUUUGCCACGGCCUCCAAUUCCGACUAUCGCAACACGAGUGCCACGCAUUAUUUACUGAAUGUGACUGAGACCGUGAUCUCGGAUGUUCAGGUGGCCAGCGAUUCCUGGCUGCUCGCCAACCUGCAAAACCAUGGCUACUUUCGUACCAUUUACGAUGAGCAGAACUAUGAACUUCUGGCUGCCGUUCUGAAGUCUCAGACCUGGAAGAUCCAUGUGCGCAACAGGGCUCAGCUGCUGUACGAUACGUACAUCUUUGUGAACACCGGUCGUUUGAGCCACAGCCUCCUGCUGAACUUGCUCAGCUAUCUGGAGAAGGAGGAGCAGUACGCUCCGUGGUCCACGGCCAACACCAUUCUGACCGUCUACGAUCGUUACCUGCGUGGCGAUGAUGCCUACUACAACUUCCAGGCGUUCGUGCAGCGACUGAUCGAUCCCAUCUUCGAGAAGAUAGGAGUGAACGAGAUUCCCGGCGAGCAUUACCUGAACAACUAUCUGCGCAUCGUCCUGGUCAGCCUGUCCUGCCAGGUGGGCUCCUCUGACUGCUACAGCAAGUCAGCCAAGAAGCUCUCCGAGUACCUGUACAACGGCACUGCUAUCGAGGCCACACUGAGGACUCAAGCCUACUGCGCCGGUCUGCGAUCCACCAGCAAUGAGGUGUAUAGUCGGGUGCAGUCGGAUCUUCUGGCCUCCUCCGAUUCCACCGAUCGCAGUCUGUUCAUCUCCUCGUUGGGCUGCUCGGGACAGAACAGCCAGCUGCUGGACUUCUUGAGGCUCUCCCUGGACACCACCAACAGUCUGAGCUACUCGGAGCGCACUUCCCUGCUCAACUCGGCCUAUUCCCGCAGCGAAAUCGGUCUCACAGCCAGUUUGGACUUCCUGGAGACCAACUGGGAGAACUAUGCCAAGUUGUCGGAAUCUUCAAAGCCCCUGGACACCGCCCUGCGUGGCAUUGCCACCUAUGUGGUCAGCGAGAAGCAGAAGACAAGGCUCAACGCUUUGGUGGCAGUUGUGCAGGCGGAUGGCCCUACCUAUCUCAACGAUGAUCUGAGCACCACCAUUGACUCCAGAAUUACCGCCAACUUCGCUUGGUUGGAUGUCCACCGUGAUCCUGUGCUCAACUGGAUCGCCGACUCCUUCAGGGAGAACGGCAGUCCCACUUUGACUGCCUCCAUCUCCACGAUCCUGGUCAGUGCGAUGGCUCUGCUGCUUUUCUGGCUAUUUUAGGCUAAGUCAUGUGGUCAAGUAUUAAU